AUGACAUCAAACAACUAUAUCCGACUAAAUGAUAAACCACUACCUCCUCUUCCAACUAACCAAAUUGAAAUGUAUGAACCACCAACAAUGGUUAAUGAACAACAAAAUAAUAUUCCAAUACCAACUAGUGGAGUAUUUGUACCUGAGAAAUCACCUAUUGAGAAAUACUUACCAUUAGUCCUUUUUAUUGCUGGGUUUUUUAUUCCAGUAUGUUGGUUUAUUAAUAUAUGUUUAUGUUGUUGUAAGUUUAAGACAGGGUCGUUAUUCCCAAUUCUUUCAGCUGUUAUGUUAUUAGUUUAUACAUUAAUUUCUAUUAUUAGUUUAAUAGGAAUAAUAAGAGGUAUGGUUUAUUUAUUUUCUACUAUAGAAAAUAAAGAAAAUGGUAGUUUAUGGGAUUUUAUUUUUGCUCUUCUCAAGUUUAUUUAA